AUAAAUAAAGCAGCCAUCUGCUCUGAGGGAUGGGAGAGCACAUUUUGCCUUCUCUUUGGUAGCGAGUAAUAUCAACCGAAGUGCAGACAUCCUAACACUUUGCCCAGGCAGCCUGCUGAGCAAGGUACCUCAGCCAGCAUGGCUGUCUCUUUGCCACCCACUCUGGGACUCAGUUCCGCCCCAGAUGAAAUCCAGCACCCCCACAUUAAAUUUUCAGAAUGGAAGUUUAAGCUAUUCAGGGUGAGAUCCUUUGAAAAGGCACCUGAAAAGGCUCAAACGGAAAAGCAGGAUUCCUCCGAGGGGAAACCCUCGCUGGAGCAAUCUCCAGCAGUCCUGGACAAGCCUGGUGGUCAGAAGUCAGCCCUGCCUCAACCAGCAUUCAAGCCCCAUCCAAAGUUUUUAAAGGAAUCCCACGAAGAUGGGAAAGCAAGAGACAAAGCCAUCCACCAAGCCAACCUGAGACGUCUCUGCCGCAUCUGUGGGAAUUCUUUCAACACCACUGGGCACAAGAGAAGGUAUCCAGUCCACGGGCCUGUGGAUGGUAAAACCCAAGUCCUUUUACGGAAGAAGGAAAAGAGGGCCACGUCCUGGCCAGACCUCAUUGCCAAAGUUUUCCGGAUCGAUGUGAAGGCAGAUGUUGACUCGAUCCACCCCACUGAGUUCUGCCAUAACUGCUGGAGCUUCAUGCACAGGAAGUUUAGCAGCACCCCAUGUGAGGUUUACUCCCCAAGGAAUGCAACCAUGGAGUGGCACCCCCACACCCUAAACUGUGACAUCUGCCACAUUGCACGUCGGGGACUCAAGAGGAAGAGUCAGCAGCCAAACAUGCAGCUCAGCAAAAAACUCAAAACUGUGAUUGACCGAGCGAGACAAGCCCGUCAGCGCAAGAGGAGAGCUCAGGCCAGGAUCAGCAGCAAGGAACUGAUGAAGAAGAUCGCCAACUGCGGUCAGAUACAUCUUAGCCCCAAGCUCCUGGCAGUGGACUUCCCGGCGCACUUUGUGAAAUCUAUCUCCUGCCAGAUUUGUGAACACAUCCUGGCCGACCCGGUGGAGACCAGCUGCAAGCACGUGUUUUGCAGGAUCUGCAUUCUCAGGUGCCUCAAAGUCAUGGGCAGCAGUUGUCCCUCUUGCCACUAUCCCUGUUUCCCUACUGACCUGGAGAGUCCAGUGAAGUCUUUUCUGAGCAUCUUGAAUACCCUGAUGGUGAAAUGCCCAGCAAAGGAGUGCAACGAGGAGAUCAGCUUGGAAAAAUAUAAUCACCAUAUCUCAAGCCACAAGGAGUCGAAGGAGACAUUUGUGCAUAUUAAUAAAGGGGGCCGGCCCCGCCAGCAUCUCCUGUCCCUGACGCGGAGGGCUCAGAAACACCGUCUGAGGGAGCUCAAGCUGCAAGUCAAGGCCUUCGCCGACAAAGAAGAAGGUGGCGACGUGAAGUCAGUGUGCCUGACCUUGUUCCUGCUAGUGCUGAGGGCGAGGAAUGAGCACAGACAAGCUGACGAGCUGGAGGCCAUCAUGCGAGGCCAGGGUUCCGGCCUGCAGCCUGCUGUUUGCUUGGCCAUCCGCGUCAACACCUUCCUCAGCUGCAGCCAGUACCACAAGAUGUACAGGACUGUGAAGGCCAUCACGGGCAGGCAGAUUUUCCAGCCUUUGCAUGCCCUUCGGAAUGCGGAGAAGGUCCUUCUGCCCGGCUACCACCCCUUCGAGUGGCAGCCACCUCUGAAGAAUGUGUCUUCCAGCACGGACGUGGGCAUUAUUGAUGGGCUGUCUGGACUCUCCUCCUCUGUGGACGAUUACCCAGUGGACACCAUUGCCAAGCGCUUCCGCUAUGACUCGGCUCUGGUGUCCGCUCUCAUGGACAUGGAAGAAGACAUCCUGGAGGGUAUGAGAGCCCAAGACCUUGACGACUACCUGAAUGGCCCCUUCACUGUGGUGGUGAAGGAGUCUUGUGAUGGGAUGGGAGACGUGAGUGAGAAGCACGGCAGUGGGCCGGUCGUGCCGGAAAAGGCCGUUCGGUUUUCCUUCACAGUCAUGAAAAUCACCAUCGCACACGGGUCACAGAACGUGAAGGUGUUUGAGGAAGCCAAGCCUAACUCUGAACUAUGCUGCAAGCCCUUGUGCCUCAUGCUGGCCGACGAAUCCGACCAUGAGACCCUGACGGCCAUCCUGAGCCCUCUCAUUGCCGAGAGGGAGGCCAUGAAGAGCAGCCAGCUAAUGCUGGAGAUGGGAGGCAUCCUCCGGACUUUCAAGUUCAUCUUCAGGGGCACCGGAUAUGAUGAGAAACUGGUCCGGGAAGUGGAAGGCCUUGAGGCUUCUGGCUCUGUCUACAUCUGUACUCUCUGUGAUGCCACCCGCCUGGAAGCCUCUCAAAAUCUGGUCUUCCACUCCAUAACCAGAAGCCACGCGGAGAAUUUGGAGCGCUAUGAGGUCUGGCGUUCCAACCCAUACCAUGAGACGGUGGAUGAACUUCGGGACCGGGUGAAAGGGGUCUCGGCCAAACCCUUCAUUGAGACGGUGCCUUCCAUAGAUGCCCUCCACUGUGACAUUGGCAAUGCAGCCGAGUUCUACAAGAUUUUCCAGCUCGAGAUAGGGGAGGCGUAUAAGAACCCCCAUGCCUCCAAGGAGGAAAGGAAGAGAUGGCAGGCGACCUUGGACAAGCACCUCCGCAAGAAGAUGAAUCUGAAGCCCAUCAUGAGGAUGAAUGGCAACUUUGCCAGGAAGCUCAUGACCAAAGAGACUGUGGAAGCAGUCUGUGAGUUAAUUCCCUCCGAGGAGAGGCAUGAAGCUCUGAGGGAACUGAUGGACCUUUACCUGAAGAUGAAACCCGUCUGGCGAUCGUCAUGCCCUGCUAAAGAGUGCCCGGAAUCCCUCUGCCAGUAUAGUUUCAAUUCGCAGCGUUUUGCUGAGCUCCUCUCCACCAAGUUCAAGUACAGAUAUGAGGGCAAAAUCACCAAUUAUUUUCACAAGACACUGGCCCACGUCCCGGAAAUUAUCGAGAGGGACGGCUCCAUUGGGGCAUGGGCUAGCGAGGGAAAUGAGUCUGGGAACAAGCUGUUCAGGCGCUUCCGAAAAAUGAAUGCCAGGCAGUCCAAGUACUAUGAAAUGGAAGAUGUUUUGAAACAUCACUGGUUGUACACCUCCAAAUACCUGCAGAAGUUUAUGAAUGCUCAUAAAGCAUUUAAAAACUCAGGGUUUACCAUAAACUUGCAGAGAAGUUCAGGGGACACAUUAGACCUAGAGAACUCUCCAGAAUCUCAAGAUUUGAUGGAAUUUUAAGCAGGGAAGCUGCCUAGGCAUUGGUUUUGCAAAUGGGUUUUCUCUGGGUUGCAUGGAGAGCUUCUCCUGGCACCCUUAACUCCUGGGUGUGGGGCUUCACCACCCAAAUGGUGGUAGGUUGAUGAGGCCAGAGAUGGUGAACCCAUGUCAGGAAUAGGUAACUGGUAAGCCGAUUGCUUGAGCUGUUUAGGGAGUUCAGAAAAGCAACAGGAGAAACCAGUUAUUUGAAAGCUCCAUAGCUGAGAACAGGGGUAACUGCAGGGGACCAGAGGUGAACAAAGAUGUAUGUGGAGAGGAUUGAGUGAUGCCAAAGUCAAAGCCAAGGUUGUCAAAGGACAGCCAGUGAAGCCAGAAAAGGAAUUUGACUUGUGGUUUCCAUUCCCCCUGCCCAAGUUAUUCUAGUUUAUACUGAGAGGUGUUUUUCAUAUCACUUUUGCAGAAUUUUUUAUUUUAUAAAUUUCACAUAUUUUGGCUUAUUUUUUUACAAGAUUUAAAAAAGGUUUUCAAGAAUUCCCGCUGUGGCACAAUGUGGCAUCUUGGGAGUGCUGGGACACAGGUUCCAGCCCCAGCCUGGCAUGGUGGGUUAAGGAUCCAGCGUUGCUGCAGCUGUAGCUAAGGUCACAACUGUGGCUCGAAUCUGAUCCCUGGUCCGGGAACGCCAUGGGCCAUGGAGUGGCCACAAAAGAAAAAGAAAAAGA